ACCAAUAAGAACUCGGUGUAGAUUCAGCGAAUGACGUCUCUCUGGCGCUGCUACUUCCUGAAAGAUGGCGGAAUCGAGAGAGGCGGAGGCGAUGAAGGGGAGAUUUGUUGUUGUGGGAGGGGGAAUCGCUGGCGUCACGUGCGCAGAACAACUGGCGGCUCAGUUUCCCUCACACAAGGUCUAUUUAAUUACUGCGUCUCCUCUUAUAAAAGCUGUGACCAACCUCAGGCAGGUCUCUAGGGCCCUGGAAGAGUUUGAUGUAGAGGAGCAGGGGGGCAGUGAGCUGGAGAGACUGUACCCCAAUAUCUCAGUCGUACAGUCGCCAGUCACAGAACUGAGGAGCCAAGAACAGAAAGUCAUCACAGAGGAAGGGGCGGAGUUCCUGUACAACAAGCUGUGCCUGUGUGCUGGGGCCAGACCAAAGCUGAUUGUGGGGGGGAAUCCCUACGUCUUGGGCAUCAGAGACACUGACAGCGUCCGGGACUUCCAGAGACGUCUGACUGAUGCCAGGAGGGUGCUCAUUGUGGGGAACGGAGGCAUCGCCCUAGAACUGGUAUAUGAGCUGGAGGGCUGCCAGGUGAUCUGGGCAAUCAAAGACAAAGCCAUCGGCAACACCUUUUUCGACGCGGGAGCAGCCGAGUUCCUCAUCGACCAAUUGAAAGCUGAGAAGCCAUUGGCUCCGCCCACCUGCAAGAGAACCAAGUACACGACUGAGUCUCCUCCCGGCAGAGAGGGGAGCAGCAUGGGCAGUGCCCUAGGGCCCGACUGGCAUGAGGGUUUGGAUCUUAAAGCUAAAGGAGCGUAUUCGCACCGCGUCCAGAUCGAGACGCAAUGUGAGGUCGAGCGCAUUUUGCUACAAGAGGAGUUUGCGCAAUUAAACAUCACAGCGUUGCCUUUCCAGGGGGAGGAGACUGUAGAGUCUGACUCCGCCUCAAGUAGCGAUUGGCCGGUCUAUGUGCAGCUGACCAAUGGGAAGACGUACGGCUGUGAUUUUAUUGUUAGCGCCACCGGGGUGGUCCCCAAUAUGGAGCCGUUUAUUAGGGGGAACCAGUUUGAUGUGGCAGAAGACGGGGGUGUGAGGGUUAAUGAUCACAUGGCGACUUCCCUGCCCAACAUUUACGCAGCCGGAGACAUCUGCACAGCAUCAUGGACUCCCAGCGCCCUCUGGCAGCAGAUGAGAUUAUGGACGCAGGCGAGACAGAUGGGCUGGUACGCAGCGAAGUGCAUGGGGGCGGAGCUCCUGCAACAGCCAAUAGAAAUGGAUUUCUGCUUCGAGCUCUUUGCCCAUGUGACCAAGUUCUUCAAUUACAAAGUGAUAUUAUUGGGCAAGUACAAUGGGCAGGGCCUGGGACGUGAGCACGAGCUGCUGCUGAGAUGCACCCGGGGGCACGAGUAUGUCAAGCUGGUGAUGCAGGGGGGGCGCAUGGUGGGGGCCCUUCUCAUCGGAGACACAGACCUGGAGGAAACAUUCGAGAACCUCAUUCUCAAUCAGACCGACCUUUCCUCCUACGGGGAGCGACUGCUGGACCCCAAUAUCGACAUCGAGGAUUAUUUCGACUGAACCCACCCUUUGUUUCCAUGGCAACACCUGCUUUUAUUUAUUAGAACCUGCCCCAAACAGGUCGGCCAUGUUGUUGGCCUCUGGGUGGGGGUGAUGCCCCAGAAUUCUACUGACCUGUGUACAAAGAGGUUUUCGGCUGCCGGGGUCAGCGACCCCAAUCUAAAAGCUGUAAACUGGAAGGUGAAUAAAUGAUUGUGGUGGGCCCUGGGUUUUAAAAUUGGUGGGGGUCCCAACUUACCUCCCCCCCUGUAUCGCACAUGGGCUGUAAAGGGUUAACACCCCCCAUUACAUCGCGAUAACCAGGAGCAGACGUCUGUCAGUGACAUUUAUUGUGUCCGUUUUCUGUACAAUAAACACAAUAAGUGCAACAA